AUGAGAGAAGUCCUAGUUAUCGGCGGCACUGGCGCCCAAGGGCUGCCAGUCGUCAAAGCACUCUCCUCGAGCAAACAAUUUUCGGCCCGAGUCCUCACUCGAGAUGCAAAGUCACUUCGUGCGCAAGAAAUCGCGAAACUCCCUAAUGUGUCCCUGGUUGAAGGCAGACAGGAUAGCCAGGAAGAUUUGCAUAGAGCCUUCAAAGGCGUUUACGGUGCAUGGGUGAACACGGAUGGUUUUACCAUAGGGGAGAAGAAUGAGCUGUUCUAUGGCUGUCGAGCUUAUGAAAUCGCGAGGUAUCAAGGGGUGCAGCACUAUGUCUAUGCCUGCGCAGACUUCGCCCUUAAGCAUGCCAACUGGGAUGAGAAUUACCACUGGGGCCAUAAUGAUGCCAAGGGCAGAGUGGCAGAAUAUAUUCUAGCUCAAGGGCAGGGUGGAAUGAAAAGCUCGGUGCUCACUACUGGCCCUUACAUGAACAUGCUUUGGGAUGGCAUGUUUGUCCCUACCCAGCAAUCGGAUGGAACAUUUGUCUGGGCUAAUCCGGCAAGCAUGUCUCUCUACCUCACCUAUCAUAUGCUCUACCAGUGA